AUGCUUUCUCAGGAAAUCCGAAACCAAGCCAGUGAAUAUUCAUACAAAAUGGCAAAACUUCCAGAGAAUCGGAAUCGAAACCGAUAUAGAGAUGUCAGCCCCUGUAAGUAUUUUGUCUAACUAUAAUUUAUGAAGUACCCUACACUAGUCAUCAUUGUGAUGAAUACUUGCACCUCGACGAUUAUCAAUAGUUUUAAUUUACACAUUUUAAAUAUAUUUGUCUCUGGUUUCAGAUGAUCACAGUCGUGUUAAACUUGAAAACUCUGAAAAUGACUACAUCAAUGCUAGUUUAGUCAUGGUGGAGGAAGCCCAAAGAACCUAUAUUCUAUCCCAGGUAAGUGCAGACAAGUAGCUCAGACUUUCAUUCAUUAUGUACUGAUCAUGUAAAUGAGACUUUCACAAAACAAGUACUAAUGAUUAUGGAUCUACAUUUUGAGGAUUGGUCUGUGUUCUAAGUUGGGGAAUAAGCAGUGUGUUGUGUUUUCUCCCAAAGGGACCACUGAGGAACACCUGUGGUCACUUCUGGUUGAUGAUCUGGGAGCAGAACUCCAAAGCCGUUAUAAUGCUGAACAGAGUCAUAGAGAAGGGAUCUGUAAGUAGCCUACAUAAAUUUAAAGAGUCAUAGAGAAGGGAUCUGUAAGUAGCCUAAAUGUAUAAUGCUGAACAGAAUCAUAGAGAAGGGAUCUGUAAGUAAGCCUACAUAAAUGUUAUAAUGCUGAAACAGAGUCAUAGAGAAGGGAUCUGUAAGUAGCCUACAUAAAUGUUAUAAUGCUGAACAGAAUCAUAGAGAAGGGAUCUGUAAGUAGCCUACAUAAAUGUUAUAAUGCUGAACAGAAUCAUAGAGAAGGGAUCUGUAAGUAGCCUACAUAAAUGUUAUAAUGCUGAACAGAGUCAUAGAGAAGGGAUCUGUAAGUAGCCUACAUAAAUGUUAUAAUGCUGAACAGAGUCAUAAGAAGGGAUCUGUAAGUAGCCUACAUAAAGAAGGGAUCUGUAAGUAGCCUACAUAAAUGGUCCUCUGUAGCUCAAUUGGUAGACCAUGGCGCUUGUAACGCCAGGGUAGUGGGUUCGAUCCCCCGGGACCACCCAUAUGUAAAAAUGUAUGCACACAUGAACUGUAAGUCGCUUUGGAUAAAAGCGUCUGCUAAAUGGCAUAUUAUAUUAUUAUAUUAUUAUUAUUAUUAUAUUAUUAUUAUAAUGCAGAACAGAGUCAUAGAGAAGGGAUCUGUAGUAGCCUACAUAAAUGUUAUAAUGCUGAACAAAUCAUAGAGAAGGGAUCUGUAAGUAGCCUACAUAAAUGUUAUAAUGCUGAACAGAGUCAUAGAGAAGGGAUCUGUAAGUAGCCUACAUAAAUGUUAUAAUGCUGAACAGAGUCAUAGAGAAGGGAUCUGUAAGUAGCCUACAUAAAUGUUAUAAUGCUGAACAGAAUCAUAGAGAAGGGAUCUGUAAGUAGCCUACAUAAAUGUUAUAAUGCUGAACAGAGUCAUAGAGAAGGGAUCUGUAAGUAGCCUACAUAAAUGUUAUAAUGCUGAACAGAGUCAUAGAGAAGGGAUCUGUAAGUAGCCUACAUAAAGAAGGGAUCUGUAAGUAGCCUACAUAAAUGGUCCUCUGUAGCUCAAUUGGUAGAGCAUGGCGCUUGUAACGCCAGGGUAGUGGGUUCGAUCCCCGGGACCACCCAUAUGUAAAAAUGUAUGCACACAUGACUGUAAGUCGCUUUGGAUAAAAGCGUCUGCUAAAUGGCAUAUUAUAUUAUUAUAUUAUUAUUAUUAUUAUAUUAUUAUUAUAAUGCAGAACAGAGUCAUAGAGAAGGGAUCUGUAAGUAGCCUACAUAAAUGUUAUAAUGCUGAACAGAAUCAUAGAGAAGGGAUCUGUAAGUAGCCUACAUAAAUGUUAUAAUGCUGAACAGAGUCAUAGAGAAGGGAUCUGUAAGUAGCCUACAUAAAUGUUAUAAUGCUGAACAGAGUCAUAGAGAAGGGAUCUGUAAGUAGCCUACAUAAAUGUUAUAAUGCUGAACAGAAUCAUAGAGAAGGGAUCUGUAAGUAGCCUACAUAAAUGUUAUAAUGCUGAACAGAAUCAUAGAGAAGGGAUCUGUAAGUAGCCUACAUAAAUGUUAUAAUGCUGAACAGAGUCAUAGAGAAGGGAUCUGUAAGUAGCCUACAUAAAUGUUAUAAUGCUGAACAGAGUCAUAGAGAAGGGAUCUGUAAGUAGCCUACAUAAAUGUUAUAAUGCUGAACAGAGUCAUAGAGAAGGGAUCUGUAAGUAGCCUACAUAAAUGUUAUAAUGCUGAACAGAGUCAUAGAGAAGGGAUCUGUAAGUAGCCUACAUAAAUGUUAUAAUGCUGAACAGAAUCAUAGAGAAGGGAUCUGUAAGUAGCCUACAUAAAUGUUAUAAUGCUGAACAGAGUCAUAGAGAAGGGAUCUGUAAGUAGCCUACAUAAAUGUUAUAAUGCUGAACAGAGUCAUAGAGAAGGGAUCUGUAAGUAGCCUACAUAAAUGUUAUAAUGCUGAACAGAAUCAUAGAGAAGGGAUCUGUAAGUAGCCUACAUAAAUGUUAUAAUGCUGAACAGAAUCAUAGAGAAGGGAUCUGUAAGUAGCCUACAUAAAUGUUAUAAUGCUGAACAGAGUCAUAGAGAAGGGAUCUGUAAGUAGCCUACAUAAAUGUUAUAAUGCUGAACAGAGUCAUAGAGAAGGGAUCUGUAAGUAGCCUACAUAAAUGUUAUAAUGCUGAACAGAGUCAUAGAGAAGGGAUCUGUAAGUAGCCUACAUAAAUGUUAUAAUGCUGAACAGAGUCAUAGAGAAGGGAUCUGUAAGUAGCCUACAUAAAUGUUAUAAUGCUGAACAGAAUCAUAGAGAAGGGAUCUGUAAGUAGCCUACAUAAAUGUUAUAAUGCUGAACAGAGUCAUAGAGAAGGGAUCUGUAAGUAGCCUACAUAAAUGUUAUAAUGCUGAACAGAAUCAUAGAGAAGGGAUCUGUAAGUAGCCUACAUAAAUGUUAUAAUGCUGAACAGAGUCAUAGAGAAGGGAUCUGUAAGUAGCCUACAUAAAUGUUAUAAUGCUGAACAGAAUCCUAGAGAAGGUACAUUGGCAUCCCUCUCUGACAGACAAGCCUAUGCAUUAGGUUUACACCACACUCUAGGCCACACAACCAAGUGUGGACCAACACAACGCUGUUCAUUGUAUCUCUGUCCAGGGUACUGUGAUCAUCAUGUAGCUACCGUAGCUAGUUAGCCUUCCCAUCAGGCGUUCAGGUUGGGCUAAUCACUAAUGUAUUGUCCCCCAACAGGAGAAGUGUGCUCAGUACUGGCCCACAGCUGAGGAACACCAGUUGUCUUACACUGACACAGGGUUUGUUGUGACGCUGGUGAAAGAAGAGGACAAGUCCUACUACAUCAUACGAGUGCUGGAGCUGAGGAAUACAGAGGUGAGCACUGCUUCUCCAUUGACUCUGUGUGAUGUUGUUGUUAGCACAGUCACUGUAUUAAAAUGACAUGCGUUGUCCAGACAGGACGAACCAGAGAGAUAUACCACUUUCACUACACCACCUGGCCUGACUUUGGCGUCCCAGAAUCCCCGGCGUCCUUCCUCAACUUCCUGGUCAAGGUGCGGGAGUCUGGCUCAUUGGGGGCGGAGCAUGGGCCCGCCGUGGUCCACUGCAGCGCUGGGAUUGGACGCUCGGGGACCUUCUCAUUGGUUGACACGUGUCUCAUCCUGGUAAUAUCAAUACUUCCUGUUUUACGUACUAAUUGAAUGCCCUACUUGGUAUGAAACCAGACUAGCGUCCUGUUCAGGGGGUGUACUUGGACAUGAAGCUUGCUCACGCUACAGAUGGGAGAUUCUGUCUCGGACAAGGCUUGGUAUUUAAGAUCAGCUCCUGGUCAAACUGUAUUUAUCUCCUGUGUCUCCAGUCUAAUUAUAUAGACCAGGCAGUCUUCACUUGUCACUGAUGUUGAAGGUUAAGUCAUACUCUCUCUCCUGUCUAGAUGGACUCUCACUGUAACUCUCUCUCUCUCUCUCUCUCUCUCUCUCACUGUAACUCUCUCUCCUGUCUAGAUGGACACUCACUGUAACUCUCUCUCUCUCUCUCUCUCCCCCUCUCUCUCUCACUGUAACUCUCUCUCCUGUCUAGAUGGACACUCACUGUAACUCUCUCUCUCUCUCCUGUCUAGAUGGACACUCACUGUAACUCUCUCUCUCUCUCCUGUCUAGAUGGACACUCACUGUAACUCUCUCUCUCUCUCCUGUCUAGAUGGACACUCACUGUAACUCUCUCUCUCUCUCUCUCUCUCUGUAACUCUCUCUCUCUCUCUCCUGUCUAGAUGGAUAAGAGGAAGGACCCGUCGUCGGUGGACAUCCAGAGGGUUCUGCUGGACAUGAGGGAGUACAGGAUGGGUCUGAUCCAGACUCCUGACCAGCUACGCUUCUCCUACAGGGCAGUCCUGGAGGGAGCCAAGUGCAUCGUGGGAGACUGCUCUGCACAGGUAGGGAGACUGCUCUGCACAGGUAGGGAGACUGCUCUGCACAGGUAGGGAGACUGCUCUGCACAGGUGGAGAUCUUGCACAGGAGGAGACGCUCUGCACAGUAGGGACUGCUGCACAGGUAGGGAGACUGCUCUGCACAGGUAGGGAGACUGCUCUGCACAGGUAGGGAGACUGCUCUGCACAGGUAGGGAGACUGCUCUGCACAGGUAGGGAGACUGCUCUGCACAGGUAGGGAGACUGCUCUGCACAGGUAGGGAGACUGCUCUGCACAGGUAGGGAGGACUGCUCUGCACAGGUAGGGAGACUGCUCUGCACAGGUAGGGGAGACUGCUCUGCACAGGUAGGGAGACUGCUCUGCACAGGUAGGGAGACUGCUCUGCACAGGUAGGGAGACGCUCUGCACAGGUAGGGAGACUGCUCUGCACAGGGAGGGAGACUGCUCUGCACAGGGAGGGAGACUGCUCUGCACAGGUAGGGAGACUGCUCUGCACAGGUAGGGAGACUGCUCUGCACAGGUAGGGAAACUUCUCUGCACAGGUAGGGAGACUGCUCUGCACACACUGUAACUAGUGUACGGGAUGAGUACUGUGUCAAUGUGAAACUAUUUGGUUGUGACUCCUCUGUACAGGGUCAUGCUGUAUGUGUCCGUGUGAAAUUAGACAUUAGCAGAACUGUGACUUUCUCCACUGAGGGACAAUAUGUGCUCCCAAUGUGCUACGCCUGUAUCCAACCUGCCUUACAGUAACAUGAAGAGAGUCAAUGAAGACCUCUGUAUUCCAGCCUCUGUCUGUCCGUCUGUCUGAGGAGCUGUUGAUCAUUAUGUACUGGUCUGUUUGUCUCCACAGAGCCAGUGGAGAGAGCUGUCCAGACCAGGAGACAGUGUGUGAGUCGCCCCCUGCCCCCCCUCCCAGGUGUCUCUCCGACGCCCCCCCUCCACCCCCGCCACGGCCUUUAGACAACCCUGCCCCCCCUCCCAGGUGUCUCUCCGACGCCCCCCCUCCACCCCCGCCACGGCCUUUAGACAACCCUGCCCCCCCUCCCAGGUGUCUCUCCGACGCCCCCCCUCCACCCCGCCACGGCCUUUAGACAACCCUGCCCCCCUCCAGGUGUCUCUGCGACGCCCCCCCUCCACCACCAGCCACGCCUUUAGAGACACCCUGCCCCCCCGUCCUCCCAGUCGGCCCUCAGAAAGGACCAACGGCCAGCCGCUGCCUGUAGGGAGCCUGAGGCUGUGGCUUGUCCAGAGAGGACGGGACUCAGGAGACGGGCCAGAUCCAGAUAGCUCCAGCUCAGAGAAGGACCGGGCGGAGGUGACGAGGUCAGGGCCAGAUCCAGACAGCUCCAGCUCAGAGAAGGACCGGGCGGAGGUGACGAGGUCAGGGCCAGAUCCAGAUAGCUCCAGCUCAGAGAAGGACCGGGCGGAGGUGACGAGGUCAGGGCCAGAUCCAGACAGCUCCAGCUCAGAGAAGGACCGGGCGGAGGUGACGAGGUCAGGGCCAGAUCCAGACAGCUCCAGCUCAGAGAAGGAACCCGGGCGGAGGUGACGAGGUCAGGGCCAGAUCCAGACAGCUCCAGCUCAGAGAAGGACCGGGCGGAGGUGACGAGGUCAGGGCCAGAUCCAGACAGCUCCCUCAGAGAAGGACCGGGCGGAGGACGAGGUCAGGGCAGAUCCAGACACUCCAGCUCGGAAGGACCGGGCGGAGGUUGACGAGUCAGGGCCAGAUCCAGAUAGCUCCAGCUCAGAGAAGACCACGGAGGUGACGAGUCGGGCAGUCCAACAGCUCCAGCUCAGAGACAGGACCGGCGGAGGCUUGACACCAGGCCCGCCAGAUCCAGACGCUCCAGCUCAGCGAGGACGGACGGAUGGUGACGAGGUCAGGGCCCAGAUUCCGACCCCCCCCAGAGAAGGCCCGGACGGUAGGGACGAGGCCAGGCCCCAGAUUCCAGCAGCUCCAGCUCAAGAAGCCGGGCUGAGGUGACGAGGUCCCCCCCGUCCCCCAGUGAUUCCUCUACUGGUCUCUAUGUGUUGCUGCUUCUGUUGCUAACUCCUACUGAAGUUCAUGUAGGCCUUAUCAUGGGCCAGAUGUUUAGAUGGCAUUCAUUAGGACCCAUCCGAUCGCAUCAAUUAGGGCCCAUCCAACUCGCAUUCAAUAGGACCAUCAGGACUCGAUUCAAUGGAACAUCCAGACUCUAUUCAAUUAGGACCAUCAGACUCGUUCAUGGGACCCAUCCAGACUCGCAUCAUUAGGACCCAUCCAGACUCGCGUUCAAUAGGACCAUCCAGACUCUCAUUCAAUUAGACCCAUCCAGACUCGCAUUCAUUAGGUUACCAUCCAGUACUCAUUCAACUUAGGACCAUCCAGACUAUCAGACUGGCAGUUUGAUGGCAUUCAAUUAGGACCCAUCCAGACUUCUGUAACCAUGUAAUGAAACCCUCUGUUUUCCAGUCUGAGGAGGAACCGGGAGGAGCGGAUCGCCAGCACGGCCCAGAAGCUGCACCUAAUGAAACAAGGACUGACGGACACAGAGAGGCAGAGAGAGCGCUGGCUGUACUGGAGGCCUAUCCUGCUCAACGUGGGGGCUGGAGCUGCCGUGGCCUUGGGUCUAAUGGUGGUGUGGCUCUUCUCCCAGUGA